AUGACCAAGUCGUACAGCGAGAGUGGGCUGAUGGGCGAGCCUCAGCCUCAAGGUCCCCCAAGCUGGACAGAUGAGUGUCUCAGUUCUCAGGACGAGGAGCACGAGGCAGACAAGAAGGAGGAUGACCUCGAAGCCAUGAAUGCAGAGGAGGAUUCAUUGAGAAACGAGGGAGAGGAAGAGGACGAAGAUGAGGACCUUGAAGAGGAGGAAGAAGAGGAAGAGGAAGAUGAUGAUCAAAAACCCAAGAGACGCGGCCCCAAAAAGAAGAAGAUGACUAAGGCUCGCCUGGAGCGGUUUAAGCUGAGGCGCAUGAAGGCCAAUGCCCGAGAGCGGAACCGCAUGCACGGACUGAACGCGGCACUGGACAACUUGCGCAAGGUAGUGCCCUGCUACUCCAAGACACAGAAGCUGUCCAAAAUCGAGACUCUUCGCUUAGCCAAGAACUAUAUCUGGGCUCUGUCCGAGAUUUUGCGUUCUGGCAAAAGCCCUGACCUAGUCUCCUUCGUACAGACGCUCUGCAAGGGCUUAUCCCAGCCCACCACCAACCUGGUUGCCGGCUGCCUGCAGCUCAACCCUCGGACUUUUCUGCCUGAGCAGAACCAAGACAUGCCCCCACACCUUCCGACAGCCAGUGCUUCCUUUCCUGUGCACACCUACUCCUACCAGUCUCCGGGGCUUCCCAGUCCGCCGUACGGCACCAUGGACAGCUCCCACGUCUUCCACGUCAAGCCGCCGCCACACGCCUACAGCGCCGCGCUGGAGCCCUUCUUUGAAAGCCCCCUGACUGAUUGCACCAGCCCUUCCUUUGACGGACCCCUCAGCCCGCCGCUUAGUAUCAAUGGCAACUUCUCUUUCAAACACGAACCGUCCACCGAAUUUGAGAAAAAUUAUGCCUUUACCAUGCACUAUCCCGCAGCAACCCUGGCAGGGGCCCAAAGCCACGGAUCAAUCUUCACCGGCACUGCUGCCCCUCGCUGCGAGAUCCCCAUAGACAAUAUUAUGUCCUUUGAUAGCCAUUCACAUCAUGAGCGAGUCAUGAGUGCCCAGCUCAAUGCCAUCUUUCACGACUAA